AGACGAAGAAGAAUAGAGAUAGAGAGAGAGAGAGAGAGAAUAAAAACAAAGUAACGUGGAAAAGCAAAGCAAGGCGGUGAGGGGAACUGGGAAAGGAAGGGUGGGGGCGCGAGGGGACGAAGCGAAUCGGUUCAUGUUACGUAUAAAAUCUUUAAAGCGCAAUCCAGGCUUACGUUAGCACCACGACUCCCCACGCAGUUUCAGAUUGCUGAACCUACAGCAGCAGCUGCCACAAGAUUUUGUUCCCUCCCAGUCCCAGAAGUUUCAUUUCUGUGUACCCUUCUGAAGAUCUUGCCUCCGCCGGGAUGCGUAGUUUAACACUUUUUCAUUCUAGUUUCUCUCUCUUCUUCUUCCUCUUCUUCCUCCGUUUCCCUGUAAAUAUCCAACAGAGACCGCAAGACACGCUGCCUUGGUCCUCUGCAGCGAUGUUGAUGUCUGCUACUAAGCUACUCCUGUCUUUCUUCAUCUGCCGAUUAAUCUCCACCGUCGGAUUAGCCGUGAAAAUGGUGGACCACCCCCAUGAUCUUGAUCUUGAUCUUGGCCAGCAGAACAAGCUCAGCACCGACCCCACUGACUUGGAGGCGGCCUCUCUCGAUUUUGGCGGAAUGGUCCGAACCAGGCCACUUGGAGUCUUGCACCCCACCUCCGCCGACGACGUAGCCACCAUUGUCCGAGCGGUUUACGAGUCGGCUCAUGGUUUGACCAUCUCGGCCAAGGGACACGGGCAUUCCAUCAACGGAGAAGCUCAGACAGAUAACGGUGUGGUGAUAAAGAUGAGCAACGGCGACAAGGCCAUGAGGCGGCGUCAGCCAUCGUCGGUGGUGGUGGGUGGUUCGGAAAACAAAUAUGUAGACGUUUGGGGUGGGGAGCUUUGGAUAGACGUGUUGACGUCGACGCUUGAGUAUGGACUUGCACCAAAGUCAUGGACUGAUUACUUGUACCUCUCCGUUGGUGGUACCCUUUCCAACGCUGGUAUUAGUGGACAAGCCUUCCAUCACGGCCCUCAAAUUAGCAAUGUCUAUGAACUCGACGUCGUUACAGGGAAAGGAGAGCUCUUGACAUGUUCAGAGGAACAGAAUUCAGAACUCUUCCAUGCUGUUCUUGGUGGGUUAGGACAAUUCGGGAUCAUAACUAGAGCUAGGAUCGCCAUUGAACCAGCUCCACAAAGGGUAAGGUGGAUCCGAGUACUCUACUCCAACUUCUCAUCCUUCACCAAUGACCAAGAGUACCUCAUCUCUCUGCAUGGACGACCCACCAGCGAAAAGUUUGAUUAUGUGGAGGGUUUUGUUAUCGUGGAUGAAGGACUCAUCAACAACUGGAGAUCCUCUUUCUUCUCCCCUCGUAACCCGGUAAAGAUCACCUCUAUUUCUGCCAAUGGAGGUGUUUUAUACUGCUUGGAGAUCACAAAGAACUAUGAUGAAUCUACAGCUGAUACCGUUGAUCAGGAAGUUGAAGCUUUAAUGAAAAAGCUGAGUUUCAUACCGGCAUCAGUUUUUACAACUGAUCUUCCAUACGUGGAUUUCUUGGACCGGGUUCAUAAGGCCGAAUUGAAGCUCCGGUCCAAGGGGUUGUGGGACGUACCUCACCCAUGGUUGAACCUCUUUGUCCCCAAAUCAAGGAUUGAUGGCUUUGAUCAGGGUGUGUUCAAGGGCAUAUUGGGUGACAAGACAAGCGGGCCCAUCCUCAUCUACCCUAUGAAUAAAAACAAAUGGGACGAUCGGAGCUCGGUGGUAACAGUAGACGAGGAAGUAUUUUACCUAGUAGCGCUUCUCCGAUCAGCAUUGGAUUUUGGGGAAGAGACACAGUCAUUGGAUUACCUGAAGGAUCAGAACCGUCGGAUCUUGGAUUUCUGCAAGGACGCAGGUAUCGGAGUGAAACAGUACUUACCCAACUAUACCACCCAACAAGAAUGGAUGGACCACUUCGGAGACAAAUGGAAACUCUUCCUCCACCGCAAGAUGCAAUUCGACCCCAAGCAUAUUUUAGCCCCUGGCCAACGUAUAUUCUCCCCUUCCCUCCUUUCUUCUUCUUUUUCUGCAACCUUAUCGUCGUCAUCCUUGUCAUCGUCGUCGUCGUCUUGAUAGUUAUCGUUAAUG